ACUGAACAAGCGUAGAUUGUUCCAAAUCCAAGGACCCAUUUAGCUGUUAGCUCAUACUUCAUUCUCACAAGAACCACUGUUAAAUUCACCAAAAUACCCUUUGCUCUCCUUUACAGCUUUCUUGAUUACAAUCUUCUUCACUUGCAACCACUGAUUUCACCAUACUUUCUGAAAAUUUUGAGAUCCCAGUAUAUUAUUGUAUCUAGCAAAUCCAAAGUUCGUUUCUUGAUAACAAAAAUCAAAUCUUUUUUUUUUUUUUGUUCGAUAACUAUCCCUGUGGUGAAAAAAUGAUUGAAGCGAUGAGCAACUUGUACUUCGAUUCGGUUGCCCUUUCGAAACCCUUGUUCAAGAAAGCCCACAAAUUUUACAAGCUCUUAGCUGCAAACUACAGCAAAACCUCCCCUUUUCAAUCCUUCACAGCAUUUCUCAUGAUUUGUGCAAUUAUCUGUUUCUUUGCAGUCAUGGGUUGUACCUUCUUUUACUUGUCUCCAUCUUCUGAAACUGUAGUUGGGAUGAUCGAUAGAAAUAAGGGUAUUAACAGCCCUAAUACUUCACCCAAGGUUUGCAAUGUGUUUGAUGGGAAAUGGAUAGCUGAUGAGAGUUACCCUCUUUAUAAUGCAUCAGAUUGCCCUUUUGUUGAACGAGGGUUCGACUGUUUGGCAAACGGUAGAAAGGAUAAAGAGUAUCUAAAGUGGAGGUGGAAGCCCCACAAUUGCGAAAUCCCAAGAUUCAAUGCUCGGAAAGUUCUAGAGUUUCUUCGUGGGAAAAGGGUCGUUUUUGUGGGCGAUUCUUUGAGUAGGACUCAGUGGGAGUCUAUGGUGUGUAUGCUGAUGAGUGGUGUUGAGGAAAAGAAUAGUGUUUAUGAAAUGAAUGGUAAUGAGAUCACGAAGCGGAUUAGGCAUUUGGGUGUCCGGUUUGGGUCAUAUGGGCUUUCGGUCGAGUUUUAUAGGUCGAUUUUUCUAGUGCAACCUGGCCCAGCUCCUAAACGUUCGCCCAAGAGAGUUAAGACUGUCGUGAAGCUCGAUCAGUUGGAUGAUGUUAGUGGAGAAUGGGUCGAUUCUGAUAUUCUUGUUUUCAAUUCGGGGCAUUGGUGGACUCCAACCAAGCUCUUUGAAAUUUCUGAUGAGCAUUUUUCAGACAGGGGCUGGUAUUUUCAGGUCGGUAAUAAGAUAAAGUUCGGUAUGCCAAUUAGUAAGGCGUUUAAGAUUGCACUGUCUACGUGGCAAUCGUGGACUGAUAGUGCAAUAGAUCCCAACAGAACGCAUGUUUUCUUCCGAACUUUCGAGUCCACUCAUUGGAGUAGCGGGUCCCGUCAGAAGUGCAGAGUGACAACAAGGCCCUCAUCGAAGCCUAAUGGGCGACAAAGGAGCUCGAUAACUGAUUCAAUAGUUAAUGCCGUGGAAAGGGUUUCUUUUCCGGUAAAACUGCUACAUGUGACUCAAAUGGGGGCUUUUAGAAGUGACGGUCAUGUGGGUUCUUGGAGUGAUAAUCGAGAGGUCCCUGAUUGCAGUCACUGGUGCUUACCUGGCGUGCCUGAUAUUUGGAACGAGAUCCUUUUCUCGUUUUUGCUUCCGGGGUUUUAAUUGUCCAUGAUUCUCCUCACCUGUGAGUUUUUUCUUCUUCUUCUUCUUCAUGCCAAAAAGAUAAGAAUAAAUCAAUAAGAAGUAUUUUACAUUGGCUUUCUCUACUCUGUAGAAAAAUGAACUUAUUUAUGUGGAAAGGCCAUAAUAGAUAUAUCUGCUUAAUCCAAUCUCAAUGAGUCAAGGAAAAAGAAAUACUUGCUAAUACACCCUUUAUAGUUUGCUUCAGUUUUACUAUUUUGCACCAUUAAAAGGAUGGUAUUUUUUUUCAUUUAUCAAAUUGUGUUUUUGUUAUACAUUAAUAGCAUUUUCAAUUUCAUACAAUUUUCAUUUAUCAAAUUAGUGAAAGCAAUCCCAAGAAAUGAGUGUACUCCACUACAAACCUACUUCAUCAACACAAACCUUAAAAUAGGAGCCAAGUUUUCCAAUCCUUAAAAGGCAUUGCCAUAAGCUACACUAAAAAUCAUGACAUAGUAUAUAAGGAACCCAAACACAAACUAAAAAUCCAUCAGCAUUCAAAGCAAUUUAAUCAUUACUAUACUCAUCACCAGAGAAAAAAAAAAGGCAAAAAAAAAAAAAUGGAAUCAUCCGAUGAUGGCCCCACUGUAAUUGUGGUCGUUUUUGUCACGUUUGGCUGCUUUUUCUUCGCUGUAUUAUGCUUUUUCGCCCUUUGGUGCUUGAUCAAGAACAAGAGGAAAAAGAAGACAUUUGAGGAGACCGAUUUAAUUGUUACGGACAUGCACCGGAGAGUGAAGGAGGCUAUUGUCCCGGGCCCACACGGGCCGCAGGCCGUGGUUUUGUCUGUGGAAGAGGAUAAGCAUACCCAAGAAAAGAUCAUCAAGAAUGAGGUGGAGGAGGAGAAAGAAAUGCAUGCAAAAACUGGAGAAAAAAUUGUUGAUAUAACUGAUGUUGAAACUGGAGAAUCUUCUUCUAAUCCUAGUACUCAUCAAACUCAUCACCACUGAAAAAUCAAUGUGUUUUGAAGCAAUUUGUUGCAAAUAAAGGAUGAAAUAUUCCCAUCUAUCAUUAUAUAAAAAGAAUA